AAAUGUAAUUCAUACUCAAUACAUUGUCCAACGUACAAAUUCGUAGUUAUUUGUUUUAAAAUUUUGGUUGAUGUGCACAAAAUUUUUUGUUGUUUUACAAUAUAUUUGUUGUAUUUUAUUUUUACCAUAUUAAAUAAUAAUGAACAGAAAACGAUGUAAGGAAAUAAACCGUGAGCAAAUCGGCCGCCAAAAAUACUCCGAGUCGCUAAAUGACCUUUUGUCCAGUCUUGGAAUUCAAAGUAAAUCGGAUUGGCUAAGCUAUAUGGAAAAAAUUGCAAAAAAUGAAGCGGCUAAUACAAUCUCAUCGGAUUUGGACAGAAAGUGUGUUAAAAUGACUGAACAAAAAUUAUCUAACAGUACUAAGAAAUGGAGUGGUCUUAUUUAUCAACCUUUGGCCGAUAAAGAGUAUAAAGAGCUCAAUCGCAUGCAUUAUGGGGUAAAGAAACUGUUAAAGCAAAAACUACUAAUGACAGACAUCCCUGAAAAGGAAAACCUUCUCCAAACAUUGGGUGAAGUGAUUUGUAGGCACGGACCGAUCGAGCUUAUCAGUAACUUUGUGUUCACGAUGUUGAAGAUGGUUGAAUCGAUGUUUCAUGUGGAUGAGAGUAUGCUACUUAUUCCAGUGGAGAGAGCAACCCAUGGUUCUGGAUUCCCUUUGAUUCCGCCAAGUAUUGAUGAGCCAAUUAUUCUGUUUCUGGAUAGAAUAAGGAACGCCCUUAAAAAAACAAGGCAAGAUGAUAAGACAGUUGGUUAUUUAAACAACGAUGAUUACAAAGAUUGAUUAUUGAUUGAAUCUAAAAAAAAUGUUAACAAAUUUUAGUUUCCUCGUAAUUUAACUUUUGGACUGCCAUUUGACUUAGAUUAUAAACAGCAAACAUUUUCUAAUCAAUAAAAAGAGAUGCAUCAUAA